AUGACAUCUCAGCCUUCAGAGGCCGCCUCAAUCAGGCGUUUUACACCAAACCUUUCAAACUGCAGGUCAAGGAAAAACAGUCUAGACCUUAGACCUCGGGCAGAUUCGAAUUCUUCAAAUGAAGAGUUAUCAAACUUUUGCUUAAAAAACCAAGACUACUAUUUCGCAUGACCUCCUGAGCUCCGCAAGAACAGCCGCAGCCAAGAUCAGCCAUCUACUCCCUGUGUCCUUUCAAAAAAUUCUGAAUAUUACUUUCGGCCGGGGACUGUUUGUGAAGAGAUGGCUAUGGAAGAAGACGACUACUGAGAGCAGGCAAAAGAAAUAGCGCGGCAACAUGGAGGUCUUUGCUUGUCCUCCACCUGUGAGAAUCCUCACUUUAGUCUUAUGUAUCGAUGUAGAAUGGGACACGUGUGAGAAUCUGCUGAGGUUUUAUUGAGUGGGCAAUGAUGCUGAGAAUGUUCCAGAAACUUAGUCCCUAUCUUAUAUAAUGAUAAUUAUAAAUUCAUUGGUAAUUGCAGCAUAACUCUUUUUAUUUUAGAAAUUAUAUAAUUUUUUUAAUGGAAAAUCUUUAUAACAAAUAUAGCCCGUUCCCGGCUAUAGAUCGGGCUUAACCCGAUCUUUGCCGGGAAACUCGGGGGUUGUCUCCAUCACUUUCAGGUGACGAGUCAACUCCCCGAGUUGGCAAAUCACCAUAUAGCGGCUAUUUGCCAACUCGGGGAGUUGACUCGUAACCUGAAAGUGAUAGAGACAACCCCCGAGUUUCCCGGCAAAGAUCGGGUUAAGCCCAAUCUAUAGCCGGGAAUGGGCUAUAUUAGGAAUUUUGAAGCUAUAUUGAAAUAUUUAAAAACCAUAGAAACUUUUUUGUAUUUCUAAAUAAAUUAACUGAGUUUAUGGAUUUUGCUUUUAAUUGGAGAAGUUAGAAAAAAGCCAAAGAAUGAGCCAAGUCUAAUCGAGGCGAAUGUAUUAAUGAAGAAAUGGAUUUAAUGUUGGAGUUUAUAUGCUCACAAGGUCAUGAAUGGAGAUCAGAUUACUCAAAAUAUUAUACUCAAAAAUGGUGCCAGCAAUGCAGCUGUGCUACCAGAAUUAAUAAAAAACAGCAAAGGCUGUUAGAGCAGCAAAAAAUCGAAGAAGAGCAAGCCAGACUGCAAGAAGAGCUAUUCAAAGAAGCAAGAAAGCAGCUGGAGAGAAAUAUGAAUAUAGAAAACGCAAAAGCAUUCAAAAAUGAAGAUCAGAUAGAAAGUGACGCAAAAACAAUGGCUGAUAUGUUUAUUGCAAGUUCCCGCUUCUCUGGAGACUGUAGCUAUGAGCAGGUUCUUACUGUAUACAAAAUAUUAUGUGCUCCUGAAGAUUAUGUAUACGCUAACUCCCCCAUCCGUAACUCCCCCCCCUCCGUGAGUGAACAAAACCAUUAGAAAAAUCGCUUUUUUUGCCCAAAAACCCACCUCCGUGAGUGAACAAAAAUUUUUUUAAUAGAAAAAAUUUUUGAUAUAUAAAUGAUAAUUAGUAUAAUGAAAUCUAGAGCUAAUUCUAUUUAAUUUUGAACGAAUUGCUUUUUUAAAAACAUAAAUUUUAUAAAUUAAAUUAAUAUUUGCUUUCCAAUUUUUGCGAAUUAGGAUUUUUUUAAAUUUUGAAAAAAAAUAUUUUUUAUAUAAAUUUUUUUAAAAAAAAAAUUAACCCCCCCCCUCCGUGAGUGAACAAAAUUUGUUUGUUCACUCACGGAGGGGGGGGGAGUAAGAAAAAGAAAUCAUUAGAAAAAUUCCGAUUUUUCUUUAAAAGCUUAUAUGAAUGAAUAUAAUUUUUUUUUUGAAAAAUAUUUUGAUAUAUAAGUGAUAAUUAUUAUAAUGAAAUCUCUAGCUAAUUCUGUUUAAUUUUUAAAUAGCUUGCAUUUUCAAGCAUAAAUUUUAUGAAUCAACUUAGUAUUUACUUUAAAAAUAUUUCGAAUUGAGAUGCUUUUAAAUUUUUUGAAAAAAAAAUACUAUAAAAUUUAUUUAUAAAUUUUUUAAUCCAUCAAACACAAUUUUUUUAUUCGCUCAUGGAGAGGGGAGUAAGUACUUUUCAAAGUCUUUGGGUAAAGAAAACGCAAGUUCAGCAUACAGGCAGCUGGCUAAGUUGUUACAUCCUGACAAGAAUAAGCAUCCACUAGCAGGAGAAGCUUUUCUUAAAGUUUGCAAUGUAUUUAGUUCUGUCACUUCUAGUCAACCAAGCUAA